AUGGGGAACAACAGCGGGGUAUCUCUGGAGGAGAUGAACGCCUGCGAGAGCCAUCAGUGGUAUAGGAAGUUCAUGACUGAAUGCCCGUCCGGACUUCUCACCUUCUACGAAUUCAAGAGGUUCUUUGGCCUGAAGAACCUGUCGGAGACCUCGAACGCCUAUGUCAUGGCCAUGUUCAAAACGUUUGAUAUGAAUAAUGACGGCUACAUUGAUUUCAUGGAAUACGUAGCAGCUCUGAGCCUGGUGCUGAAGGGGGGGGUCCAACAGAAACUUCGCUGGUACUUCAAACUGUAUGACGUGGAUAGGAGCGGAUGCAUCGACCGUGAAGAGCUGCUUCUUAUAAUCAAGUCCAUCCGUGCCAUUACCGGAGCUGAUCAUGACAUGUCAGCUGAGGACUUCACCAACAUGGUGUUCGACAAGAUCGACGUCAAUGGAGAUGGCGAGCUGUCCUAUGAAGAGUUCGUGGAGGGAAUUCAGAACGACGAAAUGCUACUGGCGACACUGACAGAGAGCUUGGACCUCACACACAUUGUCCAGCGGAUCCAAGGAGAGAUCCAGGACAACAUGUAG